AGCGCGCGAGCAGACCGUCAGUCAGUCAUUCGGUGCGACUAUUACAACAGCGCGCGCGUGUGAGUGAGUGACACUAUAAACGCGUUAAACUCGGGAUAACCGCUGCGACACUUCACGGGAGGAUAACUUCACUCCUGCACACUUCUGGACUUCCACAGCGCACCGUCUAUUAUUAUUUUUUUCUUUAUUAAGGGACGACGUGUGCGUUCAUUUUUCACGCAUUUCCCUGGAUAUUUUUUUACGCGCAUAAAGAUGCCUGCUGAUAUGAUGGAAAAGAACUCAUCUUCCCUGGUGGCUGCGACCCCGGCGAGCAUGAACAGCGUCCCGGACAAACCCAAAACAGCCUCCGAGCACAGAAAGUCAUCGAAACCCAUCAUGGAGAAAAGGAGACGAGCUCGCAUCAAUGAAAGCUUGGGGCAGCUCAAGACGCUCAUCCUGGACGCACUGAAAAAAGACCGCUGUUUUCACCCACAGAGCUCCAGACACUCGAAGCUGGAGAAGGCGGAUAUCCUGGAGAUGACCGUGAAGCACCUCAGGAACAUGCAGCGCGCACAGAUGACCGCUGCUCUGAACGCGGACCCCACCGUGCUCGGGAAGUACCGCGCGGGUUUCAGCGAGUGCAUGAACGAGGUGACGCGUUUUCUGUCCACGUGCGAGGGCGUGAACUCGGAGGUGCGCACCCGGCUGCUGGGCCACCUCGCCAACUGCAUGACGCAGCUGAACGCCAUGAACUACCAGGCGCAGGCGCACGCCGGAGCCGCGCCGCCUCCUCCGACCUUCGGCCAGCCCGUGGUGCAGAUCCCCGGAGCGACGCACGUGCCCGUUCCGGUCUCGGUGCCGGCGUGUAAGAGCGCGCCACCCUCCGGCGCGUCGCCGUCCGACGCAUCCAAGGUGUACGGCGGCUUCCAGCUCGUUCCCGCUACAGACGGACAGUUUGCCUUCUUGAUCCCGAGCGGCGCGUUCACUCCCGGCGGCCCCGUCAUCCCGGUGUACGCGAGCGGCGCCGCCACGCCUCUCCCCGCAGCCGCCGCGUCUCCCCGCGAGGCCUCGCUCACUUCAGACUCGGUCUGGAGACCCUGGUAGAGAAGAAAAAGAGACUCUGUGAAAGACUUUUACACUGUUCAUACGCCGUGUGUUUCGUCUGUUAAAGUUUCUCCUGUGUUUAUUUUUGUUUGUGUUUUCAGAAGAGAUUUUAUGCACUAUAUUUGUACAGCCCGAAAGGAAGAGAAGUUCAUAUUGAAAUGAGAUUUAUACGUAUAUAGCUAAUGUCUGUUUGGUGCAUUUUUUAUAUUUGCGGUAUCUUUUUUCUAAAGGUGAUGCCAAAGAUAUGUGGAAUGCUUUUUUUUGCGAGUUUCUUCUUUUUGGAAGAAUUA